GACACCAAAACCAGACAUCAGAAAAAAUCAAUGGUUUAAGCCCUUCUACACCGGAGAAGAAAUCCAGCUUGACUGUAGUAUGAAUGGUACUGGUUGGAAGUACAGCUGGCAUAAUGUCAAAGAAUCAAAGCAAAUGAACACAAAUUCAGCCUUGACUAUCGGCUCAGCAUCAGUCUCUGACACCAGUGGAUAUCUCUGCAAAGCAAAGAGAGGAGACUUCUCAGUUAACAGUGAGACGUUAGAUGUGGAAGUUCUACAACCACCUCAGCCAAAACUGUCAAUAGGGUCUGAAUGGAAAUCCUUUUACCAAACUGAAAAAGUCACUCUGAAGUGUUCAGUUGACAAAGAUUCAGGUGAAUGGGGCUAUGAAUGGCAGUAUCCGAACGAAGAAGACAUUUCUUUAUCUGGUAACACUCUUUCAAUCAGCUCAGCAAACGUGAAUCAUUCAGGAGUGUACAGCUGUGUAAGAAAACAUCUGACGAGAAAAUCAGUGACUGAAAGAAAAAGUGAAGAGUUGAAGCUUCAUAUUAAUGGUACGACACCAAAACUAAACAUCAUAAAACAUCAGUGGUUCAAGCCCUUCUACACUGGGGAGAAAAUCCAGCUUGACUGUAAUAUGACUGGUGUUGGUUGGAAGUACAGCUGGUAUAAAGUCACAGAUUCAAAGCAAAUAAAUACCAAUUCCUUGGCUAUCAGCUCAGCAUCAGUCUCUGACACAAGUGGAUAUCUCUGCAAAGCAAAGAGAGGAGACUUCUCAGUGGACAGUGAGACGCUAGAAGUGCAAGUUCAAAAGCGACCUGGACCACACAUCCAGUCAGAAUGGGCUGAAGCAUAUAUUGGUGAAAAAAUGUCUAUGCAAUGUUUGAAUGUACCGUCUAUGAAUGAAUUGGAAAACUGGAGCUUUAGGUGGUUCAAGGGUUCAAAGGAAAUUGUAUCCAAUGAUGGGACAUACAUAAAAGGAAACACUCUCACACUCUCAGUUCAGUCCAGUCAUGGCGGGGAAUAUGAAUGCCAAGCUAAGCUGAAGGAUAGGCCGGUGGAAACUGCAAAAAGCAAAACACAACAGUUAACAGUUCAUGCUCUUUCAGUUCCCAAACUGGAAUUUACGACUAAACUGGAUGACAUCAUGAAGGGUGAAAUGACCCUCAAGUGUGAGAUCUCCGAUGGCAGAGAGUGGAACUACACCUGGUAUGAGAAUGAAAAGAUGCUCAAUUUCUCAGAAUCAGAAACACUGACAGUGUUAGGAACCGAAGAAAGAAUUAAAAGUGAGUUCAAAUGCAAAGGAGUAAGGACGGAGAGACCACAUUUCACUGCUGAAAGUAAUGUCCUUGUGGCCAAUAAUUUAAUAUUCAAGAGACAAAUACUGCUGGCCAUCUCUGGAUGUCUUGUCUGCUGUAUUUUAAUCCUGAUCCUUGGAUGCAUUGCUCUGAAAUUUAUGCGUAAACCAGUAGAGAAAAAAGAUCCCACAGAAAAUGACUUGUUUUUCAAAAUGACAGACUCCAAUAACCAAACAGCUACACCCUUAAAGGAGUACAUGGACAACACAGCAAUAGAGAUUGCAGAAUGUAAAGAAAUAGAAGAACUGCUCACUAAUGGUGCUUCAGUCACUCAAGAGGGCGAUGCGAUUAAAGAUGAGCCAGUGGACUCACCAGCAGCAGGAACAAAUGGCUUGACAUCAUUUAAAGGAAUAUGAAUCAUUUCUUAGCAACCAUCACCAUUCUGGAGUGUCUGUUUGCACUGAGGCAGCUCAACAACAUGUGCUUAACUCAUAAAAUUACAUUAAAUAACAUUUUAUGCACUUUUGUAUAGGCUGAAAACCUAGUUUAUGGCUUGAAAACAUUUGAUUUGCUGUGACAAGUGAUAUUGUAAGUGAUAUGAACAAAACUGUACAUAGCUAAUCUGUUUAUUACUUUACUACACCAUAUGAAACCAGAAUUGUUUGUAAGACAUGAAUCAAUGUGCUAUUGAUUUAUGUCUUUAUAAGACAAGUGCCAUGGUAAUUUAUUGGCAUGCUGAACAAAAUGUUGUUUUUUUGUUUUCUCUCUCCGACGUAUUGCUUUUUUUUUUUGUAAGGUUAUGUUUUUAAAUAUGUGUGUUGUGACUUAUAUUUCCAUUUAUUUAACUUUACAGCUAUAGUGUUAUUCUGUAUUUUCUAUUAACAAAUGCAAUUUCAGCCAUCAUCAAGCAAAAUCUUGUUUUGUUUAUGUCUCAUUGCUGAUUUCCCAUUGCUGAGAAUGCAUGUCUUAUAUAAAAGGAAAUUGAGA